GGAUAAAUCAGAUAACCCCGGUGAUGCAUCCGUUCGGUGGGGCGUUAUUGUCUAAUCCACAAUAUGCACGACACCAAGCGGCCACCUCGCUUGUCGAAUAAGAUGGCCCGGCCCACUCUUCGUAAGGAUCCGAAAAUUUUAGUGGCGGGAACUUCCUUUCCCCCCAAGAGGAGCUCCUGUCCCGUCCCGCCACAGCUCCGCUUUACCUCUUCCCAGCACGCGAACUUCAGCUGCCCGAGGGACCGCGACUCCAUCGACUCUUGUCUUGAUCAAUUGACCGGCCUGUCCCUGCCGCUCUAACCUGUGCAAUCUAGGGGACAAGAUUCGAUGCUUGCCCAACACUCUCCAACAGCCAUGGCUUCCAGCAACGAGUCCUCCGACUCUCGGUCGGCGAGGUCACCACUUCAGCCAACAUCCUCCCUUUUCCAGGCCAGAGCGACGAAACAACUAGGCCUCUUCUUCGCCGGCGCCGGCUUCUUCCUCUUCUCAGCCAUGGUCACGCGACGUGCCGUGGUACGCAAACAGCUCGCUGCCUUUCCCAAAUUCUAUCAGCCCAGCCAUUACGCGGCAGGCAAGCAAGGGAACCCUGAGGGAGGCAUGAUUGCAUUUGAGGCUUUGAAUCUGGCCACACUCAACGUCGUCAGUUUUGCCAUGAUGAUGACAGGAGGCGCCUCUUGGGCACUCGAUGUUUCCUCGGUUGACGACCUGAGGGAAAUGGCCCGAAGAAGCCUUCGCGGAGCAGCUGCUCAGACGGACGAGGCUGCUGAGCGAGAAUUCGAAGAAUGGGCUGCCAAAAUUCUGACAAAGUUCGGCAAGAUGCCCGAUGACGGCGCGGUAGCGAACAAGGACAAAAGUGAGGCCGACUCCAAGACAGGCAAGGAGGGACGGUGAGGUAGCAAUAGCCAGCUGGACCAACAUCCCUUCUUUUUCCUUGUCGCGAUUAUAGACGAUCUCUGGGCAGCCCUCAAUACGGAUGCUGCCACAUCGUGUGCGAUGCGAUAAUAUGUACACAAUUCUAUAAGGCACAGACCGCUUUUGACACACCUCUCACUAUGAAUCGACUCAACAAAGAGGAUGAGCAGGCGCGGAUUUCGUCACCCCUCCCUUGCCGGCCCAGCAAGAUUAUUGGCCAUCAUGAGGGAGCGAGACCGGAGUGUCCAGUAUGGAAAUGAUGAAGCCACAAGAUGGCUAUGCCAGCAUCGGUUUCAGCCCAGGACGGCGACGUGAUCAUCUACGCCAGUCUUCCCGUCCUGCUACGGAAAAGCAUUGGAGUUCUGCAUCGCGACAGUCCUAGCGCCAUACGCCGAUCUGCUACCGGUAAGCCAGCCGCGCGCAUCCCCGAUAA